AUGAGUUCAAACGAAUACCAAAUCUCCAAGACCCUUGGUCCUUCUGACGGUGACACCGUCAUGUCUAUGCUGUUAGCGGCGGGCCACGAGAUAACGGUUCACAAUUAUCUAUUUGGACGUUAUCCCCAAGAAGUUGGCAAGUUGGGCUUGUACGCUCAGCUCGGGCCAUUCACAGAUGUAUCCAUCUCCCCGGCAGCUCCAACCGGAAGUGAAUUUUGGACAAGCAAGGAUAACGGGGAAAUAAAGAGUGUCAUGUGUUUUACCCGUCCUUACAAAGAAUAUGGUCAUCACGCGUUCAAGGAGGCUAGUGCGCAUCGCAUGCGCCAGCAUGUCUCGGAAGAAGUCAGAUCUUGGGUGAUCAGCGAGUACUUCCCAAAAACCCAGACUGUCCGAAGAUCUACAAGACUUGAUGAGGAGGAAGCCAUUGAGGUCACCUUCUUGGCCACACGACCAGAAGCAAGACAACAAGGUCACGCCACAGGACUGCUGUCAGAGCUGAUGGCUGAAUCGCGAAACACCAACACACCCAUUUGGUUACUUUCCCAAGCUGAUAAAGCAACGUCGCUGUUCCGCGAAUUGGGUUUUGAGGAGAAGGGUUCUGAACAUGUUCGAAUGGAAGAUCAAGGUACAGCGACAAUGACUGCUUUCACAUACGUUCCUUCCACUCAAGGAUGA